AUGGAUCUCGCGCUCGUCUGUGGCCUCUUGGCUCUUGGGCUCGGCCUCGCCUUUCUCUACUUCUUCGUUCUCGCGCCGGCAUGGAGCCCGCUUCGGGCGAUCCCGGGUCCUGCCGCCAGCCACAUCAUCUUCGGCAACCUCAAGGAAAUCAUCGAUACCAAGUGGGCCAACGGCCAUUACCCCGAGCCAGGCCUCAAGUGGACGCUGCAGUACGGCGGUGCGGUGCACUACCGCGCAUUUCUUUCGCAUCGGAUUCUCCUCACAGACCCCGAAGCCCUCAAGCACGUGUUUCUUACCCACGGUGACACGUACCCGCGGGACCCGACGGCGCGGCGCUUCCUCAGCAACCUCACGGGCGGCGACGGGCUCUUGAGCUCCGAAGGCGACGUGCACACGGGCAUGCGCAAGCUCUUGAUGCCGCAUUUCGGUUACGCCAAGGUCAAGACCUUUGUCGACGUCUUCCAGCACCACACGGCGCACCUCAUGCGUCACCUUGACACGGUGGUUGCGUCUGGCGCGUCCGUCGACAUGCACGACCUCUUUACCAAGCUGACACUGGACGUGAUUGGCGUCUCGGCGUUUGGCUACAAUUUCGAGUCGCUCGCCGGCAGCAACUCGACGACACUCGAAGCUUACCACAUGAUGAACAACACGCCGAGCUUGGCGUACUUUGUUGGGUCGCUCAUCCUCCCGGGCUUCAAGCACUACCCGCUGCCACGCCUGGUCAAGAUGAAGCGCGCCAAAGCCAUCCUCUUCAAGGUCGUCGACGACGUCAUUGCUAAGAAGCUCGCCCAUCCGAGGGAUAUUGCGACCGACCUUUUGGACCUCAUGCUAGAUGAGAGCACGCAGACCGAUCACAAGGUCUCGGCCGCAGAAGCCCGUGUCCACGUCCUCACCUUCCUCCUUGCCGGACACGAGACGACGAGCACGACGCUCGCUUGGGUGUUUACGCUUCUAGCGCAGCACCCCGAGGCCGAGGCCAAGGCGCGUGCCGAAGCCCGCGCGGUGCAGAAGGCUUACGGGUCCAUCUCGUACGCAGCGCUCGGGGACCUCAAGUACAUCAGCGCCGUCAUCCACGAGACGCUUCGCAUCUUUCCGACGAUCACGACGCUCGCGAGUCGCAUUGCCGACGCGGACGACCAUAUUCCGCUCGAGUCGGGCAAACCCAUUUUUGUGCCCAAGGGCACGACCAUUGUGGCCAACACGGGCGUCAUGCACCGCAACCCGCUGUACUGGAGCCGUCCGACCGAGUUUUUGCCCGACCGGUUUCUCGACGACUCGGACGUCUAUCUUGCGGACAAGGGACUGCGCGGCGGUCGCGGCAACACGUUCUUCUACAUGCCGUUCAGCGCCGGCGCCAAGAACUGCAUUGGCAUGCGCUUUGCCACCGCCGAGCUCCAAGUCGUUGUUGCGACGCUCCUCACCCAGUUUUCCUUUGCGUUGGCUCCGGAGGCCAACACCAACCCCAAGCUCUCGGGCGUCUCGCUCAAGCCCGUGCAGCUCACGAUGCAUGUCAACCACGCCUGA